UGUGAAGACCAUGGGCGAAAACACGUCCUUCUGGCCUGGUGAGGUCCCAAAUACCACGGACGUCCCUGAAAAAAAUCACCCCUCUGUGCCCCAUCCUCCUGCCUACCUUCUCGGCACAGCUACGGCCCUCUACGUCGUCGUCUUCGUUGUAGGUCUUUGCGGCAACUUCGCCGUCAUCUCCGUCGUUCUGCAAUGUCGCUCCAUGAGAACCUUCAUCAACUUCCUGUUCUUGAACCUCUGUCUUGCUGACCUGUUUGUCCUCCUGAUUACCGGACCCACGGCAGUGGUGGACAUCUACGCCCGUGAAGUGUGGUACCUCGGCAAAUCCAUGUGUCACUUCAUCACAUUCCUGGAAAAUGUCGUAAGCCAUGCGUCGGUAUCCACGAUUCUAGCUAUCAGCAUAGAACGAUUCAGAGUUGCAUGUCGGACACAAACGCAGCUAUCUACCAGAACUAGCGUUAUAGUGAAGGCCUUCAUAUGUGUGUGGACCGUUUCCAUCAUCUCGGCGAUCCCGUUCUUCUUCAUCACCGAGUACAAGACCCUGCUUCUCGUUGAUGGCACGCCAGUUCCAGUCUGCAGAACCCCCAUCCACAAGACAUGGCACAGAGUUUACAUCGUCCUCAUCACCAGCUUCUUCUUCGUCAUCCCACUCCUCUUCAUCCUCACACUGUACAGCAAGGUAGGGACCAAGCUGAUAUCCCUGUACAGGAUAGAGCGGCAGAAGCUGGAGACGUACCCCAAGGAGAUAGUCAAGCUGAAGAGACAAAUGAUACAAAUCAUCGUCACAGUCGUGCUUGUUUUCUUCAUCUGCCACACGCCUUAUCGAGCACUGGUCAUUUGGACAAUGUUUGAGGACCGCGGAACCCUACGGAACUUAGGGUUGGAGGGAUAUCUGGCAGUGCUGUAUUUUCCUCGUAUCCUUCUCUAUUCCAAUCACGCCAUUAAUCCAUUUGUAUAUAAUUUUGUUUCCCGGAAGUUCCGACGUGCUUUACUGUGGGUGUGCUGUGACAGACGACGUAAUGUCUCACGUAUUGAUAAACGUGAACAGGCUGAACUUCAUCCGAGAAGAGGGUCCAGAUUUCAAAAUGGUUCAGCUAGGUUUGGCAGUGUGCCCAAGGAGGAGAUAGAAUACAUCGUUCACACAAAUCGCAGCCACAGGAACGAUUUUUUAGUAUUAUACGAAAACCUGCUAAACUGAAGGGCGUUCUUCUUUAGUUUGUAUACACGAGUCAAUAUUGGCAAUUGAAGAUUCUUUCAACUUAUCAUAGAUUUGUUUAAAUGGCAUACAUGUGUCAUGUCAUAUAUAACAAGGGAUACUUUUUUGCAUCUAAUUGUGCAUCAUGUAUGUUGGAUGUUGGCCUGUGUGAUUUUCUGCUGGAUAACAGGUACAAAUGGACGACCGACUCAUGAAAAAAUAUAAAAACCAUAUAUUAUGCAUUUCAGAAAUAGUCAUAGGGCCCGUAAGUAGGACAUGCUUGACCGUUAUUCUUUGCAAAACGGCAGUGGAAAGUAAGGUACCGAUAAUCCUUGAGGGAUAACUAAUUUCAGAUCUAACCAUCCCUAGAUUAGCCAACCAUUACGUUUCACCAGCUGUGACAGCCAAUUAUGGAUGUACACUGAUCUGGUUUAGUCAUAUUUGGCGGUCGCGCAAU